GAAAUCCACUGAAUGUAAUUUGAUGAUAGCUCUGAUAUUUCUAAUUCAUCGAACUAACAUCGCUUAUCUAUAGGUUGAACGCGGUCGUAUUUAUUUAAGAAAAAUAUCAGUAUUUGAACAGAGGCUCUAUUGAAAAAGACGUUCUAUGUCUGGGUUAAAGAAAAUUGAACACACAAUUUUGACUGGUUAUCAAUAGAAUAUAUUUAAGUUGGAAACUUUGUUCAUAUUUAUAUCGAUGAUCAAGAGUUUUUUCAACGUGUCAUUAUUUUGAUAAACAGACUAAAUCGUUGUAAGAGAAGAAAUUAACAUAAGAUUAUAAGUGGCUGUGAACGAAGUGGCGAAAGCAAUUUUAACAACUAUCGGUUAGCGGAAUAAUUACAGAAUAAUUAUACUGAACAAAUUAAAUCUACUUAUAGAGGUGGAAAUCAGUUUCAUUAGGUAUAGGCUCACUUGUCGUGAUUUAAAUCAAAUGUUAACUAAUGGUGCGGAUGUUCUCGGUGUAUAUGGAUAUAUCAAACACGAUCGAAAAAUCACAAUAACAAAUACUUGAAAUUAGACAGCUCUUCAACAGUAGAGCUAUAGAAAAGUGAAGUGUUAUUUCAAUCAGAUGUCAAUAACAAGGAUUAUAAAGAAAACAUAUUUGACUGUUCUUUAACGGAAUAUAGAUGUAUAAAAGAACACGAUGCUUAUAUUAUAUUAACUGCAGAAUUACUGGUCACACAAGAAGACAAACCAGAAUUGUAAUAAUUUAAUUGAUACAUUUUGAAGUAAAACAGAAAACAAUGUUUAUCCUUGUAAAGUACGGUAACAACGAGACGUUGCUAUGCAAUCCCAGCUGCACCAUUGUGAACCUGCUGACAAGCAUUAAGAGGCGGUCAGGGUUUGGUCAAACGGACCUUGUAGUGGACAUAGCCGAUGAAACAGGUCUAGUAAAGGAGCUCGACACUCACAAAUCCGAACACGCCAGCAAUCAUCUGGAAUCGCACGCCACCUAUGUUCUCGUGUCAAAGGAGAUCCAGCGAGAAGACAGUCUGGAUGCGCGCGCAACCCCUCUUCCCCCACAGUUCAGCUACAAACCACUGCUGGACAAAUUCGAGGACUAUUUUCCUAACUUUUCAAUUCGAUCGGCUGAGGUGCAGAAGCCCUUAAAAUCCCGCUCUAGGGUAGGAAAAUCCCCUAGCCCCGCUGGCAGAUAUACGACCACUAGACAAGGAGGCAAAAAGACCCCGAGCGGAAAAGUCACAUCUAAACGAAAAUAAUUUCAUUGGCAAUACCUUUAAGGUAUAACUUAAAAGAAGUUCAAACAUGUAUGAAUUGUUGCAAUUCAGGAUUUAACAGUAUUUCGUUCGAAUGUUUUUGUUUUGUUUGGAUACAAUUUUGUUUAUGGUGUUGACUGUUCGUCGGCUCUUUAUGCAUUUAUUAAAAGCCAUUCGUACAUAACUUAGUAUCUAAUACAAAAAGUACACAUUACUAAAAGCAAAGCCGCUUUCAUUUUCAGAACUUUUUUAGACAUGCACAUACAGUUUUGGUUGAUUAUUUUUUCUGUAUAUAUUGAUAUAUGAUCAUCGCCUUUCUACUUGAAUUGCCUUGCUGCUUCUACUCGCAUUUGAAAUGUAUGAACAAUAACUGCUUUCGAGGUAAUAAUUGGAAAUUAAACUGUAACAUUUAGCAUGAAGUUAAUUUUCAUUAAACUAGACGCAAAUUGUUGUUUGUUAUUUAUUAAUUGCCAAACAUUAUUAGAAUAUUUAAAUAAAGUAAAUGCGAAAAAAUGAAUUGAGCUCACCACAGACAGGAUGUAGACACUAUUAGAGCCGGUUAACAGAAUAUACGCAGCGGCUAUUGCCGCCAUUUUGGAUGAAAGUGUGGGUUGCGUGGUAACAAUAUCUAAGGGGGCGGAGCUUAUCUUGGCUUGUUGGAAGUUUGUGUUCUUUAUGUUUCUGAGUUCAGUGUGUAUAUACUACGUGAUAAAUUACGUCAUAUGUGCUACCAAUCGUAACAACUCGGCCAUCUCCGGCAAGCUUCGAGAUAGACCUCGUAAAUAGUAGUAAGGUGCGAUGCGGCUGCCGGCGAUUAACACCGUUUUCAAUCCGCGUAAAGAAGGCCCAUUGUAACAACAAGGAAAUGGAUUGUGUUAAAUUAAAUGUGCUUGUUUAAGAGAAAAUAUUUAUUGUAACCUCAAAGAAUGUUCGUUUUAUGAAUAUUUAGAUGUUUCCUUAUAGUUGAAGCACUCUGUUUCCUCUAGAAAAAUCGUGAGCACACAGAAAAUGUACUUGACAGUUGUCAUUGAAAUGAUCAUACGGUUCAUGGCAUGCAUGAAUCAUUACAUCGGAUUAAAUGCAUGCAUGGACUAAAUGUCAACAUUUUCUCAACAGUUAUAGGAAUACCCUAUGAAAUGUAAGUUUUAAGUCAUACUUUGCCGUGUUAUUUUUCACACCAUGCCUUGCCAUUAAAACAACAUUACUAUUCUGUAAAAUCAUUGAUUGCCUUGUGCACAGUUUUGUGGGUUGUGGUAGGAUGGGUGUGAGCUUGG